GCUCGGGGCCGGAAGUAGGCUGAAGAGCUUCCUCUCGCGCUUCCCGUCUAUUAAUCCACUUGUUGAUGAAUAAGCGGAGUGGUGCGAGAAGGUUUAUAUUAAAGUUAAACGGAUACGUUUAUCAAACAAUUGAUUAAGUUUAUUCAAGAAGCGGCCGGACGGUUGUUGCAUGAGCGUCAUGUUCGGUUGGAGAGCAACCGGCGUCCUCGGGUUUUCCGUCGCCCUGGCGGGGGGACUGGCCUAUGCCCUCUGGAACUACGUCUUCUUGUCCCGGGAGUCCCGUGAAAGUCGCCACGGGGACGACGGUGCGAGCGGCCGGGGGGAGCCGAGGCCGGCGGGAGAAAAGUUGAAGGAAGAGGGGGCAGAGGAGGGCGCUGAAGACGCCGAGGAAAGCGUCGUCGUUGCCCGGGUCGAGACGGUUUGCUCUGCCCAGAGAGCGCAGAAAGUAUCCGAGCGAUCGAUGUCGGUGAAGCCAGAGGGGACCCAGGUGCUGGUUCUAGGUCUGGAUGGAGCCGGCAAGUCCAGUCUCCUGCACUGUUUGGCCAUCGGCAGCCUGGACGUGGACAUGGUGCCGACGCAGGGCUUCAACGCCGUCUCCAUUAACAGAGAAGGCCUGCACGUUGAGUUCCUUGAGAUCGGCGGCAAGGCGGAGCUGAGGCCUUACUGGCCGAGGUACAUGUCCAAGGCGUUGCUGUUGGUGUUCGUGGUAGAUUCAUCGGCGCCGCAGCUCUUCGCCGUCGCCAAGGGGCAACUCCACGAGCUGCUGCACUCCAACCCCGACCUGCCUCUAAUGGUCCUGGCCAACAAGCAGGACCUUCCGGGCGCCUGCAGCAUCACGGACCUGCACGACGCUCUGGAACUUUCCAAAGUCGGAGACCGCAAGUUGUUCCUCAUCGGCACGUGCGUCAACAAGGGCGAACGCGAGCUCGGCUCAGGCGUGCGAGACGCCCGAGAGCUCAUCAUUCAGUUGACGGGCGGCAAGUAAACGUCGCGCAAUCUUGAAUUUUGUUUUUUUUUUCUCGCCUUCAAGCCCGCCGGUGAUUGUUAAUGUUCUCUUUGCGCCUUGUUCACUGAGGUUCACUAAACCAGCACGACUGAAACAAAGUUUUAAAAAAAGCCCAAAGAGGUUUCUACGGAAGCGUAUUGCUGCCACACCCCCCCAAAAAAAGUCACUAUCACGUUAUAACGUUGUAAGUUUCAUGUUAUAACAUAUGUUUCACGUUAUAAUGAAUAAUUCAUUCCAUGAAAUGUAUUUAUUAUUUUCUACGUCAUAAUGUGAAUCCAAUCUGUUAUAACAUGAAAAGAAUCCUCUUAAAAUGUAGAGCAUAUCAUGUUAUAACAUGGAAGUUUCACACUAUAACAUGAAAUGAAUUACGUUAGAACGUGAAAAACGUGAAAUGAUUCACAUUAUAACGUUGACUUAACCACAUUAUAACGUGAAACAUAUCAUGUUAUAACAUGAAACAUCCACAUUAUAACGUGAAACAUCACGCUAUAACGUGAUGACCUUUUUUUUUGGGGGGGGGGGUAUGGCAGCAAUACGCUUGCAUAGGUUUCUGUAGGGCAUCAAGAAUUAUGUUCAGUCCAAUUGAGUGUAAUUGGAUGAUUUCUGAUAGUGGUUGGCGAUCACGCAGCAGUUCAGCCAAUCAUGUUUACUUUAUUCCUAAGCAAAUGUCAAUGCAUGGGAACAAAAGGAUGAAAAUUGAAGAAAAAAUGAAUCUAAUGGGACAAAAAUUGCAUCAUAUCCUAAAAAAAAGUAUUAAUGUGCCACACUGAAAAGAUUUCUUUUUUUUGGGUACAAAUAUACCACGGAAUCAAUUAGAAAUAAGUCACAGUAUUAUAGAAACGGCAAAUAAAAUAAAGGUGCUAAUCUUACAAGAAUAAAUUAGUACUUAGAAUAUUCUUGUAUCAUUAUAACCUUUUCCCCGUAAUCCUUUUUUUUUUUAAUCACCGGUAUAAUGUUACAUCGUUCUGUAAACGCGUUCUUUUUUUUUUUUUCAGGAAAAAUAAGAUUUUCCUGAAAUUGGUCCUUUGAUUUCAGUGGUCCAAUCAAGUCCCAGGACAAUUUGGUGAAUGACACUUUUUAACCACUAGGCGUCGCCAUACUUUAAUGAAAGAGGGAAACCAACCAAAAAUUAUUGAAUGUAUUUUUGGGUUCUGAAAUAUUAUUUGAUAAUUUAUUGACAUUAAGUUACGCAAAUAAAUGUCAAUAUUUUUUACUUUAAAUAUCUUAGUCUCAGUAGCCUUUCUGUUUUUCUUUUAUUUCAAUAAUGUGAUUUAUUUUUCAACUUGAAACUGUCUAACCCUUCUAAAGGAGUAUUAAGGCCACGACUUCAAAACAUUUACUGCAAGAAUGUAUUUGUAAUAUUCAAAUGAUAACUGGUAGUUUUAGUUUAAAAGUUAGAAUUUGUAAAGUCAUACCUUAUCAAGAAAUAAAAAAGGUUGUUGGGAUAUAUUCAUAA